AGUUAUUUGUUGGUCAGAUAGUGAUGGCAAAUUAUAAUACAGACGAACCGAAAGAAAGAGGUUUUUGGUAUGACGUUAAAAUAACACGUAAAGUAAGUUACUUUCAUGAACGCUUAAACUUUUGCCUUUUUAGUGUGAAGUUUCUUCGAAACUUCACAGUAUUGUGAUGACUGGGGGAAAUUCAAACGAAACAGUCAGUCAUUCAUUCAUUCAUUCAUUCAUUCAGUCAGUCAGUCAUACAGUAAACUUUCCGGGGGGUGUGUACGAUUUGUGUUGGUAGUGAUUUAUUGUACUUAGUCAGUACUUUAAAGGUUAUUUAGGCAAUUUCAGUUUACUUAUUCACAUAUUCUGUUAUCCUUUUGCCAAGUUCACAAAAAUUUCAAGGAAUCGCUUUCGUAUUGUAAUUUUUUGUAAAUUUUAAAACAUUCGCUUCUCAUGUUGUGUAAAGGAUCUUUACCCCGGAACACCCGAUUUUUUCUUUAGUAACGCAAAUGCGCAUGCGCUAUCAAGCCAUAGAUCACGAUGGCGUGACGAUAUGCUAGUAGGGAGUGACAGUGUUGUUUUCAGAUGUAUAAACAUUUCAGACGUGGAUAUUGAGUAAAUCUUUGAAAAUCUACGCAAUAUAUAAAUUGAUCUUAUGUAUUACAAGCGUUCAAUUAAGUGCCGAUAAUAUUUGGACGGUAUAUUCAUUAUACAGAGCUAGGAAGGAGUAGACCGCCCAGACAGUGCAGUCAAGUGUAUUAAACAUUUCAGACGUAAAUAUUGAGUCGAAUUUCUUUGAGAUUCUAGGCAUUCAAUUGAGUGCCGAUAUUAUUAUCACGGUAUACUCAUUAUACAGAGGUACAGUACGUAGGCAGAAGCGAGACAGUGUUGUUUUCAAGUAUAUAAACAUUUCGGACAUGAAUAUUGAGAAAAUCUUUGAGAUUCUACGCAAUAAUACAAUAUAUAAAUUGAUGUUGUGCAUUACCGGCAUUCAAUUCAAUUAAGUGCACAUCGAUAUUAUUUAGACCGUGUAUUCAUUAUACAUUGUCAUUGACAGUAUAAGCCAAGGUGUACACUCACUCACUCAGUACAAAGAGCGAAAAAUUGCAUCGGAUCUGUAACAGAUCAAUAAAACAUAAACAACUAUUAAACAGAAACGGGUGUUUGUACUGCGUUUACGAAGAAAAUAACUUGCGAGACUAAAGAAAUCAGUUGAGCCAGAGCUCCGUAUUUGAAUAAGAAAGACGAGGAGAUAGCCAAUGUGUUAUCGCCAACGUGUUAUCGCCAAUCGCUUGGCUCGCCAACAAGCUUUAUGCAAUAGAAGAAAAAAGCAAGGAGGUACAUGGUACAUGUACGUAGCCAACGUGUAUCGUCACGGACCUUGUUUUAUACUGUCUAGCACAACGCCGUUGUCAACGGUGAAAAUUCGUGUUCAGUGCAACGAUAACUCUACCAGAUCUUACGAGAAUCAAUCUGUAGUAUUCUGUACACGAACUGUAUCAAAGAUUGCCAAAACUGCUUUAAUUUAAACACUGCUAUACUGUGAAACUAUUGAAAUCUACAGUGACAUUAUUCAAAACAUGCGAAAAGCUAAAAAUAGACACAACGUGACACUGGGAAAAGUCAAAGGUCAAUGAGACUUGUUAUUGUUAAGCAUGUCAAAAUUAGGUUAAAUGCGGAAGCGGAAGGAGCGGAUCCACGGAACGGAUAUGCGAAUAAAAUACGGAACGGAUGAGGAUAAAAUGCGUCCUUUUAAUGAUGUAUUAUUCAUAACAUAUCUUAUACAGCUAUUUCAAUUACAGUUUUAGAUAAAUUUAGGAUAGCAGUAGCCUCGUGGGGAUGCUUUAGCGACAGCUGCAAAUGCAAAUGAAAAUUUAGAAUAUGAAAAAUUUGGUUGUUGGUGAAACAAUUUAAAUUUCGAAUUGUUGCGUGUAGCAUCGCAGUAAAUAGAUAAAUUGCAUCAGUUUCACAAGGCACGUUUCUGAUGUGUUAGGCUUGUUUCAAACGUCACGCUACUCGUGUGCCCAGCGUAUUAAAAGCAAUAAAUAAUAAGAUGAAAUGCCUUUGGUAACUGUUUAUUUCGUAGUGUAAGCCAUCAGCUUUUCUAGGUUGUCGGCGACCCUAUAUAGUUCUUGCAGUGUCUUUUUCAAUUUGAAACUUCACACUAUCCUUGGAUCCCUAGUUAGAGUUACUCCAAAUUAUUAAAUCGUCGAGUUGUGCAGUAACAGUGCUCAGAUAUUUUUCAAAGAAAGGUCUUUCUUAAACUCGAAUGUUAAUAAUAUACAAAUAUACGAAUGAAAGUAUUAUUAUUAUUGUAUAUACGAAUGAAAACAUACGUGAUAAAAUUUUAAUUGAAAAAAUGUGUUUGGAGGGACAAAAAGAACAAUAUUCCGAAUAUGGCAUCUAUAGGACGUUUUCCUACAUUCCUAAAUAUAUUUCUGUUGCCUGAAACGCAACCUUUUAUAAUAAGUCAUCUUUUAAUAUAUAAAAAACUAGUUUCAUAUUAUUCUGACACUGCAAUCGAGCAACGAGAAAUUCGUUGCUCGAUUGCAGUGUCAGAAUAAUAUGAAACUAGUUUUUCGUAUGUCUGAGGAUGAUUCUGAAAUUUUAAUAUAUAAGCUCACUCCCAAAAACUUGUUGUCCCUCCAAACAUCAACUAGACCCAGUCCUCUGCUCGAUUGGGAAAUGGCUAAUACAAAUAUAUUUUUUGCGUGUGUUUUGAUGUUAUGUACUCAAGUGAAUAUAAUGUUUUUGAUGUUACUCUGAGUAUAUGUCCACACCGAGCAGGUUGAAAAGUUUGCCUGACCACGGUGCAUGGAAUGGAACCCGCGACCUUUGGGAUACUGGUCCAAUGCUCUGCCAACUGAGCUACCAGGCGAAGUCUGUUCGGGUGUGUGUUAUUUCGGAACUAAGAUACCAAUGGUAUCGAAGGUACUAGACAAUGUAUAUACAGCUAAUUCAAAAAAGGUCGUCAUUUGCCAACCGUAACCUCUAAACCUUAAACUGUAAGCGUGCAAAGCAUAAUGGGAGCAUUAUUUAAUCGGUUUAGAAAUCGUAUAUGGGGCCCAUUUCUUAGAGACGUGGUAAAUAUUUUCUUACGAGAACAAUUCAUUCACAAAUAGCUGCAAUACUCAACUGCUAAGCUCGACAUUUGUGCUCCCAUUAAGCUUUGCGUGCUUAGAGUCAAGAUUUAGAGUUCAAGGUUAGCAAAGGACAACCUUUUUUGAAUUGUUUGUUUACCGGCCAGGCCGAAUUUACAAUACAACAGUCUGAACUCUGUGGCUCAGUUGGUUAGAGCGCUGCAUCGGAAUCACAGGGCCGCAGGUUCGAUUCUUACCAGAGGACCUACAGUUGCAUUAAUAAAUGUACAUAAAAUUUACACUCGAUAAUUCCCAUCUACCAAACUCAUCAACUAUUAUUCAAUCGAGUGAGAUGCCAAUAAAAUCUUAAUAUAUGUAACAAUAAUUAUGUUAUUUUUACUUUUUGUAACCAGAGUGAGUCUUCAACGCGAGGGAGUAAAAAACUCUUUGCCAAACUAUUGCUCAGGUACGUCAUUCCUUUUUUCCUUAAUCCUGAUUUUUUCAGCAAAACGUAUAAAGUUAUUUUUUGUUCACCAAUAUAGCGAAGAAGACGGCAAAGCAAUAUCUCAAGAAUGCCAACUUUUAUUCACUGAUGAAAUAUUUCAGAUUCCAAGUGUUACUGGUAAGACGCAAUGUGCAAAUAAAUAAAUAUUUAGAUAUAUAGUAUUCCCAGUGAUCAUUGUCUAUCUGACAUAGUCUUAAAACAUGAUCACAUCCACGAAGAAUUAUUUCUUUCUCUAUUUUUUUGAGACAAAUUUUUAUUAUUUGUUUUUUUCAGGAUUACAUGCAGUCAAAAUACAAGAACCUUCCCACUUCGCUUCUGUAGUCUGUCGUAAUUUUAUGUAAAUUGUUCUGUUUUUUUGUAGCGAUUACCAAAUUGCGGGCAAACUUAACAUGGCGACAAAAUUUAGUUUUCUUUGCAUGUUUUAUUCAUAAUUUUUAUCGAAGGAUUCAUAUUUCGUUAUAUUCGCUGCAUUUUAACACAUGAAAGCUGCGAAAUUCGAAUUUUAUCGUCGUAUUUGUCUAUAAAUGGGUAACCAUUACAAUAAUACAGAACAACUCACAGGAAAUAUCAACAGACUGCGGAAGUGGGAAGGUUCUUGUAUUUUGACUGUAAUAUUCGCAGUGAGCUCAUUGAACUGAUUAGUAUGCCACUAAUAUAAUAAAGCUUGGUAAUGAAAACCUUCCCUCUCACACAUCCUACACACCAAUCCAAAACGCCUCCGUUUUCAACAAUCUGCAUAAAAAAUCUUCAUUCAUGAAAGAUACCUUUUCAUGAAUGAAGGUAGCCGUUAGACACUUCCUGAAUUUGCUUCAGUGCACUCCACGAAACAAUAGCUUGAAAUCGAGGUAGAUAAUGUAAUUCACUGUUAACAAAACAGGAAUUCGUUUUCGAACGAGAGCAGAUUCGCGUAUGGAGGGUUCCGUUUUUUUUUUGUCCGGUUGUCCACAGUAACCACAGUUACCAGUACUGUAGGUAUGAUUAGUAUAACGAUACAGGCACUGCAGUUGGUAUCUUGUAGGUUGCAAUAAUGCAAAGACAAAAUAUUACUUUUUUAGGUGGAGAUCAAUGUUCUCAAGAUGGAACUUCGAUUGUAAAACGUACGAUUAUAUUUGCUUUUAAGAACUUCAGUAUUUCAGUUCAGUUUGUACAAAUCCAAUUAGACUCAGUGUUGGUAGUUACACUUAUACAAUUUAGUUUCAAUUAAUGUGAAAAUACUAUUUGGUACAUAGUCCCUCUCUAAUACAAAUAUCAUUUUACCAUGCAGGGGCAUUAUUAUACCAGCUUUCGCUUUUCUUUUAGGUCAGAACAAGCCAAAUUGUGACCAUUGCAAAGAUGAUCCUUUAAAGUCGUGCAAAGACUGUGCGUGUUGUAAGGUAUAUUUUAUACUCUACUGUGGCUUUCUUGAACAUCGUUUCCAGUGUAUCGGUAACAAACUAGCGAUUAACAGCAGCGCUACACCGGAAUCGCAGUGUCGUAGGUUCGAUUCCCUGCCAGAGGACCACUAGUUGCAUUUUUCGCGACCGCUCCUUGUUAGGUUUAAUAAAUGUAUUUACAAAACCCAUCUCCAAUGAAAGGAAGAACUCGGAGUUGAGUAUUUUUUACAAGUAUCGGAAAAUAGGUAUUUUUAAGAGCUACAUUUUGAUUGUAGCCAUAAUUAGAAAUAUACCUUAUUAUAGGAAAUUAACGAUGCACUUUAUUAACGCGACAUAAAUUAACGUGUCAUCUAAUUAACGCGAAUUGCUUUCAGGUACUUCUAAAAUUGGUUAAAUUAACGCGAAUCUGACAGUUCAUGGUUAACAAAUUAAUUUAACUAACGCGAGUCGAAGAAUAUAAACACAACAGCAAAAGUUUAAUAUUAUAUACUACCAAUUAAAACAGUACGCGAGUAGAUAUGUCAAAACUGUAACGUUAUAAAAGUUAAAGCCAUUUAAACCAAUGUAUAUAAAAUAUGUAGUUCAGUCUGAAAUGCUGUGCUGAGUGGUUAUAUUACUACCUUAAAAAAUAAGCAGAAACUCGACGUUUCGAGCGAAGGCCCUUCGUCAAGACGACAGUGACAGUGAAGAGGUGGAAUAGUACUGAUGUUUUUGUUUUGAGGUUUAAUAUGAUGGAUUUUUAGUUUAAAGGGUUCGUGUUAUAUAAAACAAAUCAAGGUCUUUUUAAUUAACGAUAACUAAAAUUUGCAUGCUUGAAAUUAACGAUAACAUAAAUUAGUAUAAUUACAUAGGUGCUAAUUGAAAAUUCUCCAUGCUGAUUGGUUGCUGUUGAGGUGAUUAUUACGCGAUAAUCACCUAGGCGAUUUUCAAAAUGGCGGCCGAAGCCGUUUUGUCAAUUAAAUGACGAAGAAAUGUGUAUUUUUUAUUUUUUUCCAAAUAAUCACCCAUUUCCAAAUAAUCACCCAAAUAAUCACCUCGACUUCGUCUCGGUUUUUAUUCACCGAUAAUCACCUCGCCUUCGGUGAAUAAUUGUUAAUUAACAUUAAUUAAAUUAAAUUAACGCGAAUUUUUAAAGUCCGUGUUUAUAAAGUGCAUCGUUAAUUUCCUAUAAUAAGUUAACAAGAAUUUCGACAUUUCCAGCGAAGGCCCUUUGUUAGGAGGUAUAAGUCUUCGGAUUUAAGUCGACCGAAACCACAGGGGGUCCAACUAAGAGCUGUGUUAUGAGUAUGAAUAAAACAUUAAUAAAUCGUAAUAUGAAUAAAACAUCAUAACGUAAUAUAUUUAAAUUAUUGCACUUACUUGUAUAAAUCAUAAGAGCUUGUAUUUCCAGUGAAUAGCUUCAAACAGGGCGCUUAUAUUAGUUAUAUAUGUUCAGAAACAUUCAGUUCAAACGAUUGUUCAAAUAUGGCGAAUAAAUUGACAAAACGAAAAUAUUACAUGACGUUGCAACGAAAAUAACAGCAAGGAUUACGGGCGCGAGCGGAAGGCGAGGGUAAUAGAUAUUAAUAGAAGGGAUGAAGCACCGGUAAUGCGAUCGUGUGAUGUGUUCCAUAAGUAGCCUGUUCUCUCGGAAAAUUCCAAAACGCCUCCUGCCAACUCCAACAACGCCUAAGCGCUUAAUUAAUGAAAAUAGACAAUGUUUAGCUAUACCGGCUAAUAUGAAAUAGUUAAAUGUAGCGACCAACGGUUUUUUUUACAUUAUUUAGUUUUAUUAUUAUUUCGUCAUACGUCACGAGAACAGGCUACUUAUGGAACACAUCUCGCGAAAAUGGCCAAGAAUGCUCGCUGUUAUAAAUCACAUAAGUUAGAUUGAUCAGUGCUUUUUUGGUAAUGACUAGGCUUGUUCAUGUAAGAGAACAUCGACUGAGCCUUAAAAACCCCCACAAAAAGCUUAAACGGAUAGUCUAGAAGCAUUUUAAAAAGUCACGUGAUAUUUGUUUCAUCCCUUUUAUUUAUUUCUUUCCUCGCCUUUUCGCUCGCGCGCCCGCAAUCUCUGCUGUUAUUUUCGAUGGAACGUCAUGUAAUAUUUUCGUUUUGUCAAUUUAUUCGCCAUAUUUGAACAAUCUUUCGAAGCAAUAUUUUUCUGAACAUAUUAAGCGCCCUGUUUGAAGCUAUUCACUGGAAAUACAAGCUCUUAUGAUUUAUACAAGUAAGUGCAAUAAUUUAAAUAUAUUACGUUAUGAUGUUCUAUUCAUAUUACGAUUUAUUAAUGUUUUAUUCAUACUCAUAACACAGCUCUUAGUUGGACCCCCUGUGCCGAAACGUCAACAUUUCUUGCUAAAUUUUUCGGGUACAAUAGUUUGAUCCUGUAGUUUCAUCGAAAUAGUUGUGCCAGGUUGGGUUUAAAUGCUUAUGCAUAUAUAAACAGCUAUAUUCUGGCUUACUGUGCCUCUUACGUGAAUUAUAUGUUAAAAUAUUUCUAACAUCAUCUCAAAUAACCUCACUUGUGCACAUUACUACAUACAUCACAAACUUUCCACUAUAUCAUAAGUCUUAUACAGCUAUUGCAAUUAAGAUUGUCCCCGAGGAAAGCGGAAAAGUCGAAUACGAGCGCGAAAGGCUACUGGGAAACGCUAAAAAAUUCAUUAAUUUUUUAGCGAUUCCCAGCAAGCCUUUCGCGCUCGUAUUCGACUUUUCCGCUUUGCUUGGGGACAACCUUAAUUGAAAUAGCUGUAUACAGAUAUCAAAGAAUCUACAUGCAUUGAUGGAGUUCUGAAGUCAGUAUCACUUACUCGUACCGACUUGACCUCGUAGCUCAGUCGGUAGAGGACAUAGGUAUCUUAUAUACACUAGAUAGUGCAUCUAAUUAUUCUGCAAUUCAAAAAUUGAAGCCGUGAUUGCAGUCUCAGGUCGUUCCCAUGAAAUGAGAGAAGAUUUGUAUAUUUCCUAUUUCUUAAACUGGGAACUUAAAUAUUAAAUUAACUCUAUUCCAAAUACAUUUUUAAACUAUUCAAAUGAUGAAAGUUAUUGUUGUUUUUAAGCGUUUAUUAGCGAGUGGGAACGACCAACAUGGCCGCCAUCUAUUCAAAUGGGGUGUAACCGCUUGAAUAUUCUUGGCUUCAAUUUUACUAGAAGAGAUGCGCUAUCUAGUGUAUAUAAGAUAUCUAUGGUAGAGGACCAGUAACGAAAACAUAACCUUAAAGAUUCCCAGAUUUUUGUGGCAAGGCAACUUGCUCAAUCGGGCAGGCAAGAUAAAACGUUUACUUGCCCGUCAUGGUAUUCACUUGCUCCGGGCAAGUGUUAAGUUACACCUCUAACCUACAUAAGCUAUACGUCUAUAGAACUAGAAAAUGUUUAACCUAUAUAAUUUCAGUCUUACAGCAUGCUAACUUUACAAGGAUUUUAUUCUAGUGUGGAGGCAAAGAAGAACCAGACAAACAGUUGCUUUGUGAUGAAUGUGACAUGGCCUACCAUAUCUCUUGUUUAAAUCCUCCACUUGAAAAAAUCCCUGAUGACGAUGAAUGGUAAGGUCAUUAAAUUGCUAAUAAUGUACAUGAAAUAAUUUUACUCAGUUCAGAUUGGCUAAGAUCAAUGCAAUGCAGUACACAAUUAACAAAACAAAGCGGGGCCUACAUGUGAACGAGACAGGAAAAGUCAACAUGUCAUUGAAAUGAAUAUAACUGGAACGCUACCUUCAGAUAAAUUUUAUGAAAAAAAUAACUAACUAUAUUGGGUAAAAAAGUAUUUUUGCGAGUGCUGGCAGCGAGUUCGCCAAUGGCGUAGUGGUAUGAGGGCGUGUAAUCUGAGCAUCAGGCCCUGUUUUCCAUUAGAAGGGAACAGACGGGUGUUUGUAAAACCUGGAACACUCGGAACCCACCUGGAAAACCCCGGAACCAUGCUAAAUAUAGUCCACGAAGUUUGCUCGAGUAUUUGCACGUGCUUUUAACAAAUUUGACGCUAUGACAUUGAUAAAUUAGUGUGAUGUUGUCAGGUUUACCACCUUAAAAUUUCUGAUACAGAUUUGAAUUGUUACCUUUUGUCAAAUUAAGGCGAAACAUGUAAAGCUAUUUCGGUUUUCCCAAUGUUUUUUAUGCGUCUUUCUCGUAUUCAGGAUCAAAAUUCAUUUCGCGUUCUCACUUAUCCUCGUGUGUUCUAUCCCACAUUUGUUUCUAUAACUCUAUAGAAACACGGAAAAUUUUUUCUAUUUCUUAAAUAUAAUUAGAUUGAGAAAUUGGCAUUUCUCCUGGGACAUUUUUUGAAUUGGAUACUAAAUGUAAAUUUUUUGUGAGCACAGAGCGAUCGGAUUGAGGUUUAGUCGGGCUCUGUUUAUAAAAUACAUGCAGCGUGAUCAAUGAACCUAUUACCUAUAAUGAACAAAAUUUUGUUCAUUAGGUAAUAGGGUCCAUACAGCAUGCACUUACAAUUUCGUUCGUCGUGGGUUCGAAUUCCGGUCUUUCUCGUUCUUUUUAAAAAAAUUAGACCUUUUCCUAUAAACAGCCCUCUAUUGUAACUACUCAUUAUACUCCAUUCUUUAAGGUAUUGCCCUUCCUGUAAAAAUGACGCCUCUGAAGUGAUCAAAGCUGGUGAAAAACUACGAACUAACAAAAAGAAACAGAAAAUGGCGUCAGCAAACUCUCAGAGCUCACGGGAUUGGGGAAGAGUAAGUUUUGUAUAAUAAAUAUAAAACGUGUAAUAGUUUUUGUUUGUGGAAACACCGCGUAAAUUUAUUACUGCAAAGCUUUCGAUCCGUAAGCCCGGAUCUUCAUCAGUGCUAAUAAUACAUGACUUGUUCAAUUCACACGCCCUUUUAUACAUACAUGCAUACAUACAAACUUUAUUUAAUCACGCUAGCCUAAACAACCGUUGGGAGGCUGAUUUCCAUGAGGGGCGUGAAGUACCAAAGUGUCGUGAUCUGUUGGCUCGCGUCAUUUAAUAUUUAAUUAAACAGUACAUCAACCACGCCUAACGUUGUGAAAUGUAUAUAUAAGGUAUAUAAAAGAGCAUGUGAAUUGAACAAGUCACGUAUUACUAACAUUCAUGAAGAUCUGGGCUUACGAAUCGAAAGCUUUGCAGUAAUAAAUUUACGUGGUGUUUCCACAAACCAAAAGUGUUAUAUAUUUUAUUGCCAUGCAAACCUACAAAGGAAAUAUAAAACGUGUUCCAUUUGAAAUUAGAUCUAAUCAAUUAAACCGUUCUUAUGCCCGUAGCACCAAAUGCAUCAUAAUUUCUGUUCCAUUCUAUAUGUUUACGUUAUCGGAACAGUGGUAUUAAAUCCAUUCAAUGUUUAGUUUUGAUGCACUAUGCUGGAUGCUUGGAAACUGCUGAAAAUGCGUUUUUUUAUAACAUUUUCUCCAGGGAAUGGCAUGUGUUGGAAGAACUAAAGUAUGUACAGUUGUGCCGUCUAACCACUUUGGUCCAAUACCCGGGAUUCCAGUCGGUUCUUCAUGGUUAUACAGAAUUGGGGUUAGUUUGUAUUAUAUAUAUAGUUUUACAAGUUGUUACAGAUCUACGAAGGUCGUUGUCUAGCCGAUAUCAACAUGUGCUCGCUCUGCUUGUUCCCAGUUGUUGCCACAAAUCUGAAACAAGUUAUUAUCAUCUUGUGUUAUUAUGACGUUGUUACACAGGUAGAGGGCAGUAACCAACUUUCCAGGCCUUAAAAUAUCGGUCGGUCACGGACAUUGGCUGACCCAUUCGUGAAAUUCUCCGACGUAGAAAGGAAACCACCGGACAUUCUGUCCGGCCAAAGUGAAACUGAGGUUUAUUGUCCGACCCGAGUGUAUUAGUGUCCGACCGAACUGUAGCUUUGUCGGACGUAAAUCAAAAUGUACCCUAGGAGAUAGCCAAUAUGUUAUCGUCAACGGGUUAUCGCCAAUCGCUUGGCUCACCAAGAAGCUUUAUGCAAUGGAAGAAAAAAGCAAGGAGGUACAUGUAACCAACGUGUCUAGCACAACGCCGUUGUCAACGGUGCAAAUUCGUGUUCAGUGCAACGUUGACUCUACCAGAUCUUGCGAGAAUUAAUCUGUAGUAUUCUGUACACAGAACUGUAUCAAAGCUUGUCAAAACUGCUUUUAAACACUGCUAUAACUGUGAAACUAUUGAAAUCUAAAGUGACAUUAUUCAAAACAUGCGAAAAGUUAAAAAUAGACACAACGUGACACUGGGAAAAGUCAAAGGUCAAUGCGGACUUGUUAUUGUAAAACAUGUCACAAUUAGGUUAAAAUGCGGAAGCGGAUGGAGCGGACCACAGAACGGAAAUGCGAAAAAAAUACGGAACGGAUGAAGAUAAAAUGCUUCCUUUCAAUGAUGUAACGACGUAGUGCUUAUUAUUUAUAACAUAUCGUAUGCAUCUAUUUCAAUUAUAAGUUUGCAGUAGCCUUGUGCGGAUGCUUUUAUUAGCGACAGCUGCAAUUGAAAUUUCGAAUUUCCCCUGUAGCAUCACAAUAAAUAGAUAAAUUGUAUCAGUUUCACAAAGCACGUUUCUGAUGUGUUAGGCUUAUUUCAAACGUCACGCUACUCGUGUGUCAAGCGCAUUAAAAGCAAUAUAUAAUGAGAUGAAAUGCCGUUGGUGAUUGUUUAUUUCGUAGUGUAAGACAUCAGCUUUUCUAGGUUGUCAGCGACCCUACAUAGUUCUUGCAGAAUCUUUUUCAAUUUGAAACUUCACACUAUCCUUGGAUCCCUAGUUUGUAUGUGUAAUAUUUGGGUCAUUUGAAGAAGAACUGUAAAUAUCUUUAUAACGAAAGAUCCCUUCUUGAUCAACUUUUUGACUUUUUCACUUUCAUUAGGUGAAUUGCAAAUUAGUUUUUCUUCCAUUUUCAUACCAAAAAUUCAUCUAAUGACCUCAUAUCCGGAAACUUUGACAGUGGAAAAGUUGAUCAACAUGAUAUUUUUUACUAUAAAGAUACAUUACAUUUCUUCUUAGAAUGGCCCAAAUAUUACACAUAUUAAAAAGUACUUUUUACCUUCGGCGUUUUCUUUCUGAUAAUAUGGAUCGCUUUAUUAGCGAAAAUGCAGUGAAAAGGAUCAGUUCGACGACUUCCGGGCGCCAUGUUCACAAUUAAGGCCCGCACAGACCGGACGCUAUUUGGCAACGCGACGCGAAUUUUCAAUUAUCAAUGACAUUUAACUUCAAUAUUUUUCUAUGUUUUUUAAAUAUUCGGAACCACUUAAGAAAUUUUAGCAAUUUGGUCUGCAUAUCUUGUAUCCAUUCGGUCUUAUUUGUUUUUAAAAACUGAAAAUUCGCGUCGGGUUGUCGAAUCGCGUUCGGUCUGUAUGGGCCUUUAUGAGGGCGAAAAGAUCCGCCAAUCGAAACGGUGGGCCGAUAAUUCACCACAAGUGAGAAGAAUCGUCCUACCAUUCAAACUCGGAGUCGAUAAAGGUGUGGCAAUAUUACUACAGUAACAUUUUAGUUAAAACGCGAAUUGCGAACCUGUUGCCGUGCAGCUGAGGUUUCCGCGUAUUUUUUCAAAUGCUAUUGAGUUGCAUCUAAAUUAAUCCCGAAAACUCGUAAUAUGUGACUGUGUAGCUAUAAUUUGGUUUUAUAUUUCUCCAAAGGCAAGUGAAGCUGGUGUCCACAGACCUCAUGUCAGCGGUAUUCAUGGCCGUGAUAACGAAGGGGCUUUCUCAAUUGUUUUGGCAGGGGGGUAUGAGGAUGAUAAGGUGAGAUGACUUCUUUAUAUAGCUUGUCACUUUUUACCCUACAUACCUGCUAAGAAACGUACGAUUUUGACAAAAAAGUGACUAGACGUUUUAAAACUAAACAAGACGCCUGCUCAGGCGUUCGCGAUGGCCAAAAAAUGAAAACAUGCAUGUCAGAGUGUAAUAGAAAACCAAAAGAAAAGAGAGUUUGGAAUGCACAUUGCUUGGUAGAUCGGGUAUAAACUACAGACAGCUAACAGUUAGAAGCGUCUGAAGCGGGCCUUUUUUAGGAUAUUUCCGUGCAGGGCCUGGGGAUGGAUUUAAAGCGAUAGGACGCGCGCGGCCAACGCGGGUUGUCUUAUUUAAAAGAACUAUAUAAAACCUUGCAGUUUUUCGUUCGGUUGCUUCGUGUUCGAGAUAUUUGAGUUAGUUGUAUUUCCAUGCUAUUAUCACUUUUUUGUCAGACCAAUGUAUCAGAAUUACUGGUCAGGAAGAGUUAAAUUCAAGGGCUUUCAAGGCCAUAUAUCAGGAUAUUCAAGAACUAAAGGCUGAAAAGAAGGUGUAUUAAUCAGUAAAAUGUGACUUAAAAUUGCCGUUUGAACAGUUUAAAUUAAUGAAUUUCAAACACCUUUGGCGUGUAGACAUGAACAAAAUCAAUUUAGAGAAUGUCCAAUUCUUAAUGCCAAACAAUUUCAGAAAAUAUCCACUAAGACAAGAACAAUUUAAGGACUUUCAAGCACUUUAUAAACUCAAGGACUCCCAAGGCCUUGAAUGUUUGUUUGGAAAUUCAAGGAUUUUGUACGAACCCGGGAAUUAGCAUUUCUCACGGCUCAUGUUUCCGCCGUUUUGGGGGUACUGCCUCUCCCACGUUUGAGCGUCUCCACACCACGAAAUAUGACUUUUUAGUAUUGUAGUUUGUAUAAUGGUAAAUUUACAGUUACAACUUUUAAAAGUCGCUUUUCACGUUUUUUCAAUUGUCUACAGGGUGUAUCAAAAAAAAACUUGACAUAUGAAUUUGCUCUCAAUUUCGCAAAACAGCUAUUAGUAUCCAGUUUUUUUUAUGUAUAUAGCUUCUAUGGGUAUACUUAUAAUGUAGAAUAAUGAAAAAAUUUUGUGAACCAGGGGGGUGUGUCUUUUCCAACAAACUAAAAAUGGCUUGCGCACAAAAUCUAAAAGCUUUAAUCAUAUUUUGAGUUAAUAGAUGGAAAAUGUGUUGGGUUUUUAAUUACUGUACAAAAUUUCAGACAGUUUGCUUUAGUUUAAGCCUUUAACUAUUCACGCAAACUUACAUGUUUUCCUAAAAAUCAGCUAUUUGCAUUCUUAAUUAAUGCCUUUGCCUAAUUUGCAUAUGUUACCAACAUGCAAAUUAGGUAAAUGCAUUAAUUAAGCAUGCGAAAGGCUGUUUUUUUAGGAAAAAAUGAAUAACAAAAGGGCUUAAACUAAAGCAAAUUGUCUAAAAUUUUGUACAUUAAUUAAAAACCCAACAAAUUUUCCAUCUAUUAACUCAAAAUAUGAUUAAAGCUUUUAAAUUUCGUGCACAUGCAAGCCAUUUUUAAUUUGUUGGAAAAGAUACACCCCCUGAUUCACAAAAUUUGAGUUCGAGAAAUUUUUUUCAUUAUCCUACAUUAUAAGUACCCAAAGAAGCUACAUACAUCAAAAAGUGGAUACUAAGAGCUGUUUUGCGAAAUUGAGAGCAAUUUCAAAUCUGUUCAGGUUUUUUAUACACCCUGUAGAAUCUUUCACGAGGGCAGACAGUACCCCAGAAAUGGCGGAUUUUGGCCUUCGUGAGAAAGGCUAUAAUUACAUUGAACUCUGCAAGUCAUAUUUGACUUUUUGAUUUUUGUCCAUUUUAGGACCAUGGCGAUGAAUUUUUCUACACAGGAAGUGGUGGUCGAGAUUUAUCUGGUAACAAACGUACUGCGGAACAAUCGUGUGAUCAAACGCUGACAAAAAUGAACAGAGCUCUUGCCAAAAAUUGCGCUGCGUCAUUGUGCGACAAGAGUAGAGUGAAAGCAAAGGAUUGGAAAGCGGGAAAGCCUGUCAGAGUCGUAAGUCGAUUAUAAUUUUUAGGAAACCCAGAUUUUGUGACCUUGCUCUUGUUAGCGGGGAGGGGGGUGGGGCGGAAUUUUGGAGUUUUAAAAUUCGACAUUCCAGGGCAAAAUUUUAUUGUGCGAAAGGUCGAUUUUCCACAUCACGUUUUCACAUCCUCAUUUUUUGCGCAGUAAAAAAUUUCAUAUUACCCAAUGUGAAUGAAUUCACCCACUCCAAAAAAAAUGUGCUUUGUCCCGGAGGCACCACGCCAGGGCCAGCUAUACCCAAACCAAUACUUUCCCAUCAACAACAGGAUUGAUUUUUAAAAUUGUACUAACUUGGUACAGAAUAAAAUGGAACAAAGAAUGAUUAACAACACACCUCUAUGAAUUAAAAAUAUAAAAUGCCCGAGGUUUGUUGCAUGUUACGCACCAAUUUUAUAUGAAAUCGCUUGAGAUUAAUUACUUAGAUUUUUUUCCCCAAAAAGUUCGUAUUUUUGGGCAUUUGCGACUGCGAAAAGUACUACAAAACGGACCUCGAAAAGAAAUGGACCGCGACCUUGUUAUUAGACAAACGUGUCUUUGGCAAUCUGUCCGUUCGAUCGGAUUGGUUUUGAGCGACCAAUGCACGAGUGCGUAAAAACUCUUAAACUCAGUUAAGUUGGACUAAAAUGAUGCGGUGUUUGCUAUAAGCUCGACUAAUUUCACGUCUCAAUAAAGGCCAUUUUCCAUUGAAGUCGCUUUGCCCGCGCGGGCGGAGCGACCAAUCGACCAUGUGAAAAAUCAGUCGCCCGGGCACGCCAAGAAAGUUGAAUGUAGUUCUACUUUCAUGGCGUGUCUGCGAGCAUCCAGACGGACAAAAAAUGCACAGGUUAGGCAACUACAGGGAAAGUUGAGUAAUGUUCGCUCCGCCCGCGUAAAGCGACUGCAAUGGAAAAUGGCCUUAAGGUAGCUGUCACGUUGCUCGAAAGACGUGAUACUUUUAAAUAAAACGAUUUUGGGCAUCUCGUUCAAUAGAAGAUGGGUAUUUUGGAGCUGGAAAUUUCGAACGAAAAUUUAUAUACAAUUUUAGACCUAUACCGGGAACAACUGCGAAAAAUGCAACUUUAGGCCCUGCAGCAGGAAUCUUGUGGUUAAUGCUCGCGGCCACUGGACUCUGUAGGUCAAUGGUCAGAGCGCUGGAAUGUGAUUGCACGUUCCAUUCCUGCUUGGAGGUUGCAUUUUCGCGGUUGCUUCUGGUAAGGUCAAGAAUUGCCUAUACAUUUUUUGUCCGAAAAUUCCGUCUACAAAACCCCGUCUACAUUUUGUUCUUUUGAACGACAUGCCCAAAAUCAUGAUACUUACCCAUAAACUCAACACUGGCUGAAUUGUGAUUAAUGCAGCUGCAUCCACAAUCGUCCACAAAAUAUAUUGAGACUUUUGGAAUCCCCCCCCUCAUUUCAAUGUUGAAAGGCUACUAUAUGUUCGUGGAAUGAACAUAGAGUGACAUCAGAACCGCAACUGUCCCAUUGGCAGUUGACAUUUUACGUAUUACGUAUUGAAAUCGGGGAGGGUGGUUUGUCUCAAAUAUUUUGUCAUUUUUGUGGACGAUUGCAGGGCCGGAACUACUGGGGGAACAAGAAAGGGGGCCAACUUCCCCAGAGGGGGCCCCGGAAUGCUGGAAUUGCGGAGCGUGCUAAAUAUUAAGGAAUAUUCUGAAAAAUUGAGGUCGAAAAAGAUCCGAAAAAUAAUUUUUAACCUCCCCCCCCCCCAUUAUCGCAUUUAUUUGAGACUACCACCCCUAGCCGUCGCCAACAUUUCCCGGGAAAAUUUUCGCUUUCCGGAAAAUUAUUUUAGGGGGGCCAGUGAAAGGAAGGGGGUCCAAAUUUUUGAGUUCUCCCCCCAACCAGAUAUCGCUUGACACGGAAUCGCAGGGCUGCUGAUUCGGUUCGCAAUAUUGCGUAGUUGUGUUCAGAAUGGCAAUGCUGUUGAGGAUAGCCCUAGACCGGGUUCGUGCUACUCCUUAAAGUCCUUAAAUACUACUUUAGUAAGUUUUGACCUCUCAAGGGCGCUUGAAAAGCUCUUGAACUUUACAGUUUUAAAAAACUCCUUAAAUACUCCUUAAAUACUCCUUGAAUUCUCCUUGAAUUCUUAAAAUUGUUUUGCUAAAUAGUAAGUGAAACCGUAGUAUUAACUUUUGUUGGUUGCCAAAUGUAUUUUUUAGUGCAAAAACCGGUUUAUGUUAGUCGACGUUUAUUCAUAAAUAUGGUCCUUCACCGUCACAUGCUUAUUGUAUUUUUGCCCAACUAACCAAUAGCAAUAUUUUAGAAAAGUUACCUAUCCGUGACUCGAGCAAUGGGGUAAAUUUGAAAUUGCUAUUGGUGGAUUUGGCAAAAAUACAUAUUUAUGGGAACAUAUUUAUGAAUAAACGUUGACUCAUCGAUAAUGAGUUAUACUGUUAUUCUAAUGAGUUUCCAAACCAUCUAUUCUAUUAACUAUAGAGCGUUUUCUCUCAUUCCCCAGGAACCAACUCAACAAAAACCAUGGCGGCCAUGUUGGUGUUCCAGACAAAAGAGUCUAAUUAAAAUUCUUUUGAAUUUGAACACCAACAUGGCGGCUGUGACGUCAUGUGCAAACGCUCUAUAAUUUGAUGUUACUUAACUAUUGCAUCAAGAAUGAACAUUUCUCAAAAUUGUGUAGAUCCGUAGCAGUAAAUUCAAGAAACAUUCAAAGUACGCUCCUGAGACUGGGAACAGAUAUGAUGGAAUAUAUAAGGUGAAUAUUUCACACUAUAACUGUUUACAAUAUAAGUGGGAUAUAACGGACAAUUUGAUUGGCUAAUGCGCGUGUAUUGUGACGCAAUAAUGCACUGUUCCGUGGCACGGCCUUGCUCUUUCUGUGUUCUCCCCACUGAGCUAUACUAUAUUACUGGAGGACCUACUCGGCAUGAAAGAGUGUCGCCAAAAACAUGGCGGCGCUUACGCCAUUUCCAUGGCAACUGGUCCGAAGUCUCCUUGGUAAUUGCCACUGACCAACCGCGAUCCGAAGCACUAAACAAAGUCCUGCACCCCCCUGUUUUUACACAAAUAUUUCACAAUUUCAAAAUUUAGAGGUUUUCGGUUGUUUUUGAGCUAGAAAAUCUUUCCUUCGCACUUUACUUGUUUUACGAUGUGGAGGAAAAGUGCCGUUUUGUUUCGUUUGUUGAUGCAACAAUUCACUAUCAAGAAAGAUUAACUAUUUUUUCAAGGUAAGAUUCGUGAAACUAUUUUUACUUUGUAGAACCUUGCUAGUUGCUAGUUGCUAGAUAUAAAAUGACUCUCGAGUCUCGAAAAUGAGUCAAAUGACUAUAAUAUAAGUCAAAAACUCAUGCUACUAUAUAUAUACAGCAAAUAUUUCAAUAGCAGACACAUGAACCGGGAUACGGACAUAUAAAUCCUGUUUAUAAUCGUUGAAAAUUGUGGACAUGAAAUUAUGUUGUUUUGUGUUUUUUAUUGCCAGUUUUUAAUAAUUUAUAAUAAUUGUGGUUGUUCACAUGCUCACACGGUCGUACAGAUUAUAUAUGGUGUGAAUCAGGAUUAAUAUAUAGAUAAGCACAAAGACAGAGAGUGUGGGACAGAGGGAAAAAAUACCCAGGACCUGAGAGUGUUCAAAGCAGUUAGCAAAAGUUGGAUAAGCAUGAUUGCUUGCCUAUGAUGUGUUUUAGAGAUAAGAUAUGGUAUAACUGAAACUAUCUUUUGAGUUAGAUUUAACAAUCUCUCUCAGUAGGUUUAGCAACAAGUGAUAGUCCAGAAACUGCACAGACUUCAUGUCCUGUGAACAAGGCUGCAUUGCAUUCCCCCACAUUGAACAAGUCUCACUGAGCUUGGACAAGCAAGUCCUACUUUUGCCAGGCUUUUUGUAGCAGUGUUUAUAUAUGGGGUUGUGCGGCAGUGGUGGCCACUUAUUGUGGGGGGGGGAUUUAGGUUGCCAGAUCCAUAUGACCAUGCACUUUAUGUUGUUGGAUAUUGUAGUUCUUUAAACUUUUUUGCCUUAACCCAUGGGGCACCAUGCAGUGCUGUCCUUUGACAAGUAAAAUUGUCUGGCAUUAGACAGAUCGUGUAAAAUAAUCUGGUGUUUGACAGAGUAAGAUUAACUAAAGUUGGGCACAUUGGGUAUGCAGAUAGUUUGAUUUAUAUUCCAUUGAGUGGCAUAUGAGCACUAGCUCCAAGUGACAAUUAGUAAAAUAGUUAUGCAUAACCAUGCAGAAGAUUGUCUGAUUAACCCACUGAGUGGCAGUGCUCUCCCCUAAAGUACAUUAGGGUGCAUUGCCACUUAAAGGGUUAACAUAUAUGCAAUACAUAUUAUAUUUUUGUUAAUUACUAAAGAUGUGUAAUAACAUGAUUGUGGUAUAAUAAUGAUCUGUUUAAUUAAUACAGGUACCGGAAGUGAUGGCACAGGAUGCCAAAAUGGAGAAGAACAAAUUGAAGUUAUGGCACAACUCUUUUUUAUUGACAAUAAAGAGUACUACACACAGUCACAUUUAAUUUUUUAACACUACAGUACAUUAAAUCUAAAUGUACAUCUUUGUGUCUAAAUGUAGUAUGUCCAUGUUUGUAGAAUUGUAUAGCAGGGACUGAGAGAGCAGAAAAGAAAGUUAGUUAUUAUAUUGUAUUAAAAUAUAUUCAAAGUACCAACAGCAACCUUUUAUCAGAUUAAUAUAACACAAGGUGAUACCCAAGUGUUUUAAUAGAUGUGAUGAAACAUGUACUGCGAGUGUUUUGAAUAACUUCAGAAAUGAUGUAUUUGAUAACUUCGUAAAUAAAUUAAGAUGAAGUUUAUGUAAAUCUGAUUUCUUUUUGUUUUUACCCUCACCAUGAAUUUUGAAAUGUGUAGAUGUGUCUUCCUUCAAUGUCAGGUACCCCCAGGAUUUGGUUUUAAUACCAGAAUUGCAGUCCCCCUUUUCAUCUGGGAAAAUCUCAGGUCCCCCCAGUUUCUCACCCAUCCCCCCCCCCACAUCAAUAAUGAAUGCCCCCUUAUUAAUGUAAUUAAAUUCUGUCAAUACAAUUUUCAAUGAUUAUAAAUACUUGUUGUCAUAAAUACUAAAUUACAGUGCAGCACGUAUUAUGUAAAUAUAUAAAAUUUAUUAAAAUUUUCAUUUAUUAUUAACAUUUUGUGAUUUCUAUUUCCACACCUAGAGCUCAAAUCACUGUUAGUAAUACUUGACCUCUGAAAAUAUGUUUAAUGUAGUGAUGAAUAUUGGAUUGGUUCUGAGAAAAUUAUGGGUCAAAUAUAAAUUUACUUUUUAAAAACAAGUACAUUUUUAAAAAUGUUCCCCCAAAAUGCCUGAAUUGCUAUCAUUGCUUCAGUUCAACUAUUUCAACAAAUCUAGUAUAUGUCAUCAAGAGUGUUUCAUUUUCUUUACAAAACUAGUAGUGUUACUUAAUUUAAGCACAUCUUUUGAUCGAUCCCUGCUGAUUAACAGAGGUUGGUACAAAACCUCCAAUUUUCAGACCUUGAGGAUUGCAGCAUUGAAGUAUGCAUCAGAUUCCUCAAAUUUGCCACUGACAAUACCUCUCCCUUAAUUUAAGAGAACACUUCUUGGUCUAAAAAAAUAUAAAGCAGUUUAAUUAUUAUCUAAAAACUACAUAUUAAUUUAAUGAAGCAGACCAUGUAUUCUGUAUGAGAAAAAUAUAGAAUUGAGACGUAAUGUCUAUUCUUGUGCAAAUAUUCCUAUGUUGACCAUGCACCAACUUAUUACAUGCAGUAAGUGCAUGUUUGGUGAGAAAAGGGUUUUACAUGGCAAUGCUGAUGUACAUCACUAAAUGUUGAAGGAUUUUUGUAGAUCGAUGAAAAUUUUGAGUGUCAAUUUUGUACAUUUUUAGACCUGGUUAAAGCAGCUGGAAAAGAUGCAACUAUAUUUUUUAGGUUGGUUAGGUCUAAAUAUGCAUAAAGUUGACACUUAAAAUAUUCGUCUAGUGACGCUACCUUUGAUAUUUAACAAUCUGUUGAGUGUGAUGUCCAAAAUCCUGACAUUUACCCUUACACCUUACUACAGGCUUCACCUUAUGAUAUUUACAUGAAUUAAUUUGCAAUUACAGCUCGACACAGUAGCUGAUCAGUAUAAAUUUGUUUGAACACUGCAUCAGAAUCACUGAUGGCUGCAGGUUUAUUCCUAUCUUAAAGGUCUACAUACAAUGCUGCUUAGGAAUGCUUUCAUUUUAAACUGUUUUAAAAGUUGCAUUGUACCUUAGACUAGUCCACCCUAUUUUAUAUAAAUUGAUAAACAAACAAUUUUACUUGUUGAGGGGAGAGCACUGGUGCUUAAAGCUUAAGGAGUUUAUAAUCAGGUGUAUAAUGACACAAAAAGUGUCCCCAAUCAGUAUUUUAUAGGUAGACAGAAACUACAUUCCUGGAUAAGCUAGCUUCCAGUACCCCAGUAACUUAUACAAAAGUUGGUGCAUAUUAAACACAAACCCUACAAACACAUAGUUUCAUAAAGUGUAUGUUUGUAAAAGUAAUAAAACGAGACCUCAGGCUCUGCAAUCAACCUUUUUAACAUUAUUACACAAGAUAGUUUGCACUUUAGUGAGUUUAGACAGUAUAUAUCGUACAAAUGUGUGAAUAUCAAAUCUGUGUUGUUUACAUAGAACUAAAUAUUUGUGAAUACAGCUUGUUAAAAUAAUGGGAAAUUUUACACCUUACAAUAUGAAAUUUGGACUGUAGAAAGCUGAAAGCUUGUUUUCUUAACAAAUGAAGUGUAUUUCAUCGUUAGGCUUACCAAUUUCAUGCCAAAUAAGAUAAAGAAUGAGUAAAAUUGACUAGACAUCUCCUACCUUUUACCCGACUCAAGUAUCGUCUUUAAUAAAUUAAUACUCUUUUCCCACAUUUCUCGAGGUUUUGUUUGGCUUUCGCGGGCGAGAAUAACACGUACGACUUGCAUACCUUUAACCAAAUGGUCAAAGGUAGUAAAUAUAUCUCAAAAUUUAUACAAAAGAUUUAAAACAACGACAACUAUAAAUAUUUACCUGCAAAAACCAAAUCUUUUGCAAAAAACCAGGGGGGGGGGGGUGAAAACUGCCGUGGGCUCAGAAUUGAGCCUGGUCAGUGGUAACUACCAUGAGGUUUUCGGACCAGUUGCCAUGGAAAUGGCGUCAUUUUCACUCAAAAUCCGCCAUGUUUUUGGCGACACUUUUUUGACUGACGAGAGAUAGGAGCAGGUCCUCCAGUUAUUAUACAGCUCAGUGGUUUUCCCCCGCUUCAUCUCCGCUUUUUAGCCAAAAAUAUAAACAAAAACUAUAGAGCUUUUAAAUUACAAAAUGUAUCAGAAAGCAGGAAGGAAUAGACCAAAGGAACAAAGGAAUGUUAUCUAUAGUUCUACGUGUAAAAACAGUAUAAAAAUUAACCGGCUUGGCACUCACUAAAAUGCGUGCAAAAUAGUCGGGGGGGAAAACUUGAAAAAGAUACAGGAAUACCAAAAACAUAGAAAAAGGCAUCAAGAACUGAACAUAAGUGAUUUAGAAAGUACCUUCAAUGCUUCUGAUAAAACUGCUAGAUAUAUUUUCGGCGAAAGGCAAAAAAUACAAUAAUUUCGAAAAUUAAAACUGAGCAACACGACGAAACCUACGAUUUAACGUCCUUCAUGGCAAAUCCGGCAACCCAAAUGCUGAAAAACAUUAGAAAAUCAGUUUGUGUAUCACUGGGAUUUUUCCUCCAGCAUUCUAAACCGUUUCUCCGCAACUUUAAUUUAGCAUCAAAACUUUCUCAAAAUUUUGUAUUGUUUUUGCUCCGCUCGCUUGAAAAUUCAAGCGACAGUUAAAGCAUGCGCGUGACGUCACCCCGAGUACAUGUUAGGAGAAUUUCAAAGUUGAUCUUUUGAGUAAAAUUGUUUACUAUAUGUAAUAUGUUCUACUUAUAUUAUAAAAGAAAUAGAAAAACUCGUCGCGCGCGUUUGUGGUGUGAUAGCACUCGGGGAAUGUUGGGAGAACACUCGAGAAGCGUGUACAACUUCUCUCGUAUUCUCCCAAUAUUCCCCGCGUGCAUUAUCACACCAUAAACGCAUGCGAUUCGUUUUUGACUCACGGAUGUUGCGAAGCAACAUCUGUGAGUCUUUGUGGUUUACUUGAGUGGGGCAGUUAAACAAUGGGAAAUGACCAGCCUGCUUUGCGCGCAGUGUUUGCCUGCGAACGGGUCUUUUGGAACCGGAAAUUGGGCUGGAGCACGCUUCACGUUCUUUUCAACUUUUGACUUUUUGACAAGCGUGUGCUAAAUUAAAAGGUGAGUGUUAGUUGACUUAAUUGUUAUCUGUUUUUCUACUUCACCCAACAGAUCUGCUGUUAACACACUGAUCUACCUUUUAGCUGAAAUAUUAACACUAUUUUGUUCAAUAUAUAUACAAGUGUUCACAUUUUCUGGUGCCUUUCGAGCGCCUCUGUCAGCUGUGUUUCAACACCGUUUCAACACCGUUUCCAUAGUUUCUGUCGAUUGAAAGAGUUUUUUGUUUACCAAAUUUAAUCAUGUUAUUUAAAUUAAUAAUUCAUGUUUUAGCUGUCACGGAAUACAAAGGACAUAUUUGUCUUAUUCGAAGCAACACGACACAAAAUCUUUGUAUUAAAGUCACGUUGCCGACUUGCCGUUGUAUAUUUCACAUGACUGCGCUGGCACUGUAGCCUAGUAUCAGCUGGCACGGACGAGUCUCAGCAGUGUAUCGAUAGAUCGCUUCAUUUUUAUCCUCUAUCAGGAGAAUUUCAGCUGUCCUUAUGCUCUUUGAUGAAUGUCCCACUUAUAUUUAGACGCAAUGAAACAACAUCAAAACCACUAGUUAAUCCAACGAAACUCUGUCGGAUUACAGGGGAUGGCAAUUGUUUAUUUAGAGCACUGUCAUAUAUUUUAACCGGUAGACAAACAUACCACAUGAUUUUAAGACAAAAAAUAGUGGAUCACAUGAACAGUAUAGAACAUGUCCUGAGACCAUAUAUGAAUAGUUCAGUAGAUCAUUAUUUAGCCACAAGCAACAUGAGGAACAGUGGUGUGUGGGGGACAGAUAUUGAAAUUUUUGCAGCCAUUCGCUUUUCAAUGUAGAUAUUUAUGUUUAUUCACAGUUUGGUAACAAUUAUAAAUGGUCUAAAAAGAAAAAGAACAUUGGACACUGAGGCAGCAUUACCACCUGGAUUUACUUACACUGUACUGCCAUUGGACAGCUACCUGUACCGUUGUAUCAAUAAGGGUGCUGUUUUAUAGUUGUUCUGUUUAAAUUUUUCUGUUCAACACUGUACAUCGUACAGCUACGGUCGUUGAUGCAGCAUGUACUGUAUUGGUUACAGCUUUAUACUUAUAGCUAUCAUGUUUAAAUUGUCCUGUUCAACACUGUAGAUCGGACAGCUACGGUCAUUUGAUAUAUUACAUUGGGUACAGCUUUAUACUUAUUAUAGUUAUCAUGUUUAAAUUGUCAGUCUGUUUAACACUGUACAUAUCGGAAAGCCACGGUCAUUGGAUGUACUGAUACUGACUGUAUUAGGUACAGCUUUAUACUUAUAGUUAUUCUGUUGAACACUAUACACACCUGACAGCUAUGGUUAUUGUACUUUUAUAUAGAUUUGCUUUGAUAGUGUGUAGUUUUAUAAUAAUCUAUUCAGAUUGUUUUUUCAAGACUGUUGAUAUUGGUUAGGGACCGGUCAUUAUUUAUGGAAGGGGGAGGGGAAUUUUUCUUUUCUAAAUUUUUAAAAUUGAAAGCCCCCCUAAAUGGCAGAAAUUUAAUGAUGCCCCCCCUGCCAUAUUAGAAUAUUUUUCUUUGACCCCCCCCCCCCAUUUUCAUUUUUACUCGUCAAAUGGGGAUACCCAGGCGUUAUAGUAUUAAUUAUUAAAUAAGAAUAUGGAACUGGCAAGAUAUUAACGUCGACCAAAAAUAUAUAUUUAUUAGCAGAAAAUUGUAAUUAAAAGAGGAGUAUUUUUAUAUAUAACACUAAAAUCAGGUUUCCAUUUGGUCUGGGCGAUCGUAACCAUGUUUAAGGCUGCAACUAGACUUGAUGGUACGAAGUAUUGCCAUAGCAACUGCGCGGCAACAAUGAGAGCAACAAUGAGUAAAAUUAGCAGCAAAAGGAGAUAGGAAUGACAAUUCUGCCAAGGCAUACCUGCGAAAUACAGUGUAUAGUGGUCUAUACAUCCUAUUUUAUGUGAGAUUAAAAAUUAUAUAAAAAUGACAUAUACUAGCUACCAGAUAAAAUCUUUUAGAAUGAACAUGGGUGGGUGGGUCGGGAAAAGGUAUCGAAGCGCAAAACUUGCUGCAGCUAGGCAAAGCAUACAAUGGUAGAAUGAAUACCUAGACCGAAGCACUGAUCACAAGGCAUGAAACAACCCCCUUUGAUCGAUAUGACGUCACAGAUUCCCCGCAGCGGAUGUGGCCUGCAUAAUACAAACGCCGUUAACCUUGCUUAAUUUAAAUGUAUUUAACCACAUCAAGAGCUGAUGUAAUAAUACAUUGUCAAUUUAACUAGUCUGCAAUCCGUAAAGACUGAUUUGCAUACUGCAUACUGCAUACAGCACACACAAGACAAGAUGAAUCCAGACUAUUUCACAUCAGUGACCAUGAUUUAGUUGCAACAUUUACAACCAAAUGGAUACCAGGUUAUUAAGCAAAUUCCUUCAAGUUUAAUUGCAACACCCCCUGUCAUUUUCUUGAAAAAAUUUAAUAGCCCCCCUUCUAGUCAUUUCUACAUAUGCCCCCCCUUAUUUUUUUCCUCCCCUCCCCCCUUCCAUAAUUAAUGACCGGUCCCUUAUUGUUAAAAUCGAGGAUGUCGUUAAAAUUAAACUUUAAACCUGUAAGAUCUUCGGGAACAUUUUAUAUUAUGUCGUGUUUUACCAAAUAAUGACCUUGCCCUUGCACGGUUCCCAUUUGUAAAAAACUGCUGUAAAUCAUAUCCCCCUUUAAUUAAUUUGAUCUCAUCCGUGAGUCGGCCUCGAAGGCCUUUGAUCUAUUUCUUAAGUAUAGAUGGCUGCAUGCAUAGGCUAAUGACAAUAGUUCAAAUGCAGAACAUUGUAGGUAUAAAAAGUCAACCCAAAUUUAAUGUGCUCUUGCGCCCUCAAUAUUAAGUGCACAGAUUCAAUUUUUCUUUGUGGUUACUUGUGUGUGAGGCAGUUACACAAUGAGAAAUGACCAGCCUGCUUUGCGCGCACUGUUUUGCACUGCGAAUCGGGCCUUUCAGAACCGGAAAUCGGACUGGACCACGCGUUCGCUCUUUUGAUCUGGCAAUUGGCAAUAAAAAAUGGCAAAAUGGCAAAAUUCGCAAGGUGCUCGUUUGCAAAAAGAACUGCAACUGCUCUAAUCCUUUCUGUCACUUUCAUUUGAUCUCAUCCGUGAGUCUGCCUCAACGGCCUUUGAUUCUUAAUGACACAAAAAGGUAUCAGUGGAGUACUAAGAGUCCAACACACGCGAAAAUGCCAAAGUUCUGUAGCCCUCUUUUUAAUGAACCCUGUACUGCUUAAUUAUGCACAAAAGUAGAAAUGUGUUUUGACCGGCAAUUUUUAAUCCGCUCGUAUAUUUGAUCAAUUGUGCUUCAAUGGUACAAAAAAGGUGUCAAUCAAAAGUUGAAAAAUAAUUGUUAUAGUAAUAUGGAAAAUUUAGAUCUGCGAACUUAAAGGGCAUAUGACUCGAAAAUUGACCUUGUUAUUUUAUUUGAAAGAUCAUUGAAAACUGUAGAGUAACUUUGAUAGAUUUUUGUUUUCUAUGCUUCGUUUUUAAAAUAUUUCAUCUUGUAUGAUAUGCAAUAAUGCAUAAUGAUUUACUGCAUAUUGAUUUACCCCUAAAAGCUGCACAUCUUUAAUACGACCAAACACAAUCAGUAGAAAACAUGGGUGUCAAAUAUAGUGCUCGUCAUUCAAUUUGAGCGAAUUUAUUUGAUAGUGACUAAAUUAUAUGACAUUUUAAAGUAAGUCAUUAUGCAUGUGUGAUGUAGAAGUUGGUCCUUUGCAUAUCUAGAAAACAAAAAUCUGUCAAAGAAGUUACUCUACAGUUUUCAAUGUCAUAUGCCCUUUAAUAUUGAUGGCACAAGAGCACCCUGAAGUGGAAUUACCUUUUUUAUAUACACCCUGUAUGUGGGACAAGCUGAAAAGUUUAGACAAGUUGACCCACCGUGGUCGUCAAGUGUAACAUUUAUACACCCGUAGAUCUAACCAGCUUGGAGCAACUGCAAAAAGUGCAAUUAUAUGUACUAUUUACAACAUGAGCGGCCGUGUUGUAUCGGAUAUAUAAAUGGCUUAAAAACGACUCAUCUUAUGAGUUCAUUGGCGAAGUAAUUUUAAAAAUAAACGUUGUCUAAGCCGAGAAAAUCAAAGUUAUAGUUUAUGUAAAUCAACAUGAAUCUGUAUCACAUAUACAGAUAGACACGCUUAUAAUUUUUCUUUGUGUUUUCUUCAUGAACUAUUAAUGAGUUUUUUAAAUAUAUAUAUAUAUAUAUAUAGGCCACGAGUCUUGCAGGAGAGAGAUGUAUAAAAUUUACACUCGAAAUUUCCAACUCCAAAAAUCCUUCAACCUUUUAAUUCCAUCGAGUGCGAUACCCAACAUCCUGAUAAUUCCACAUGUAUGUAUUCCUUUUCAGAUUGUGGAAUACUGGCCUGAAAAAGGUCAAUCUGGUUAUAUUGUGAGACGAUAUUUGCUUCGCCGUGACGAUGAGGUAAAAUUAAUUAUUAUUUCUUUUAUGUAUUUAUAUAAUUAUAAGUUCUUUGUAGGUUUGCAUGGCGAUAAACCAUAUACUAUUGCUUGUGGAAACACCACGUAAAUUUAUUACUGCAAAGCUUUCGAUCCGUAAGCCCGGAUCUUCAUCAGUGCUAAUAGGUCUCAUAUUAUUAGCACUGAUGAAGACCGGCGCUUACGGAUCGAAAGCUUUGCAGUAAUAAAUUUACGCGGUGUUUCCACAAACAAUAGUAUUAUAUACAAUUAUAGUCAGGAUUUUAUUUCAACUGGCCUUACAAAGAUAGUAAUUAUUAUGCGGUUCUUAUUUACGUCUUUGCCACCAUGGUGAGUAAAAUAAAUUCAAGAAGGAAUUUCCUUUUUCGCAAUUCUUGUACUUGACGGUGUCGCAGUGUCGGUGGAUAUUAUAUAACACCUCAUUAAAUUCUGGUCAUUUAAUUGGCUGAUUGUGAUCACGUGGUAUGGAAUCAAAAUUUCCAUUUUGCUACCGUGCAAUAGUACAAAAAGUAUUGCACGCUGAGCCGUGCAGUAGUUUUUGUACAAUUCAACGGUUGGAUUUAAUUAAAUCCAAUCAUUCAAAAUGGUGGGUGUAAAAAUACAAUAUUUUUACUAUAAUUUUUACGGUAAAUUACCUCCAUCAUCAUAUUAAUGCUUCACUAAAACGUUUGUUGACAUUUUUUUGUUGGAUUUUAAUUAUUUUGGAACAAGGUAUGUGUGUUUGUUUUGUAUUUAAUUCGCUUAAAAAUUCGAUAAAAUUGAUCUAUUUUCAGUAUUUUGGUGUCAUACAAAACAAAUAAUGAAUGCUUUCAUUCGUGCAAUAGUAAAAAUGUUUUCAUUCGGUAAAAGAUGGAAUUUUUCAUUCCACUCGGCUGUCGCCAUCUUUCACCUCAUGAAAAUAUUUUUACCAUUGCACUCAUAAACAUUCAUUAUUUGCAUAAUAUACAAAUAAGGAAUGUUUAUGAAUGCAUUGGCAAUGACAACAUUUAUUAUUUGUUUUAUAUGACACCAAAAUACUGAAAAUAGAUACAUUGUAUGGAAUUUUUAAGUGAAUUAAAGACAAAGCAAAUACAUGCCUUGUUCAAAAAUAAUCAAAAUCCAAGAAUGAAUGAUAAUGGCGGUUAAUUAUCGUAAAAAUUGUAGUGAAAAUUGUCGUACGAAUAUUGUUUAUUUAUGAAAAUUUUACACCCGCCAUUUUGCUUCGCACGAGUUUGUGUAUCGAAUUUAAUUUCUAAUUAAUUAUAUAGAAUUAGUUUAUACUGAAUUUAAUUCCAUCGAUCUCAGUAUGAAAAUUAUUCGAUUACGAUACGAAUAGGAUUUUGAAUGACUGAAUUUAAUUAAACAUCGCCAUUCUAUAGUACUCGUACGGCUGAGCGUGCAAUAAUGCAAGUAACAUUGCACGGUAGCAAAAUAGGAAUUCCAAUUCCAUAUCACGUGAUCAUAAUCAGCCAAUUAAAUAACCAUAAUUUAAUAAGGUGUUAAAUGAUGUUCCCUAUAAGCACAGUUUAGAUUAUAGUGGUUUUCCGUACGAAUUGGUUGUACGACCAUUAUUCUGUUCACCGUUCUCCUAUCAUUUUGCCUGAUUUAUUUUUACAGGAGCCAGCUCCUUGGACCAAAGAAGGUCGAGCAAGGAUAGAAGAACUAGGUUUAACCAUGGAGGUAUGUGAAGUUUUUCAGUAUAAGCUGUGUCAGUGACCGUUACAGAGCAAAUGGCGAUCAACUUUACACUGCUAUUUGUACUGUUGACAUUUAUGAGAGCAAGCUACUAAACGACAAACAAAUAUAGCUGAAAUUCCUUCAAAAAAGUAAAAAAUAGGUACGCAGUGCGUACAUGUUUCAUGCCAUCUGAAACUUAUGAUGCGCUAUAGCCUAUAGCGCUUUAUAUAACCUUUUGUACAACUGGCGUGAAACGUAACAUAUUGACUCAAUAAGUUUAAUAAUAUCAAUAUAUUUAUUGAAAAAUAGCUAUUAUGUCAAAAUAAGAAAACUUAAGAUUCUCACGUGAAUCAGCCUACGGUGUAGAACCUGACUCGUCCCCAGUCGGCUCUGUGAGCACGUGCGAAUUGGAAAGAACUUGUCUGGCCACCAACCAUGGUAGUGCCUCGCAAUCAUGGGAGUCGGGAAACAGGCGAAUAGGCAAUGUUUUUAUAAGCGACCGUUAAUAUUUAGUUGCAAGCGACAGUAAUAACAUUAAUUAACAAGGUCAAGGUGGGUCAAGGUUUUAUCGAAAGCGAUUGACUGUUAGAUUUCCUUCACAAAUUUAUAACUAAAUAACGUUAUUUCCUUUAGAUUUAGCUUUAUUGUAACUUUUUAAAGGUAUAAAAAACCCGUGGAAACGGUGAAUUACUGUAAUAGAUUGAAAAUUAUUUAUCAUUUUGACGUUUGAGUGAUUGAAAUGAGUUAAUUUACACUAUAUCGAAUGUCAUGUUGAAUGUCAAGUUGAAUCUUAUGCGUACUUCACAAUGGUUGCUAUUUCGUUGUAUUAAAUUUCAAUAGUAUUAAUACUAUUUGUCUGUUUAUAAUUCAAAUUUUGUUUGAUAUUUAUGUUUCAUGUUAUUUUCAAAAUGUGCUGUAGUUUUGAAGCUUUGCACACAUUAUAAUCAGUGCGAGCACAAUGGCUCCGUUUCGGUUUGAGUAUAUAAAAAUCGAGUAUUUUGAUAGCGUUGGGCUUGGAGGCUUUCACGAUAUAUAAAUAUAAACGCCUGAUAAUUGUAAAUAAUCAGUGCGAGCACAACGGCUGCAAAAUCACAACAAAUAACAAAAUAUCAGGUAAGUUAAAGCAAUAAAGCUUUACCUACCUCGAUUUAUUGUUCUAAGACGCUCAAUUAUGUAAAUGUUCGGCGAAUAAUCAAUAUUUCUUUGCGUUUCUCGACGAAAACCCGGCAUGAAAAUGCUCGUCGGAAAAACUCGGUAUUUGUCGUACACUCAUACUUUACAAAUCUACCACGUGAUUUACGACCGGACGGCGGUACGCACACUGAACACGACGACAUGAAAUUUAGAGCUAUAUGAAAGUUGCAUGCCAUAUAUGACAUGCAACAAAAACUGGGCUCUUGUGUACGCGACUACUUGAAAAAUAUAAGGGUUGGGUAACAAAAAGAACAUUGUCAUUUCCAAAGCACGACUCGCUCAAACAUUGAAAACUAAAAACCAAUGUCAACGUCAUGUAUGCAUGUAAAUACGUGCAAUAUGUUAAUAAACCAGAGUCACUCUUUUGGUCAUUUUCCGAUUUGUCAGGAGGUAAAUGGUGUCUUGAAAGAAAGUACAUGUGCAGACAACAUGAAAUCUUACACUGCAGAAAAUUGCACAAGCAUUUAUCAAACUCGUGUUACAGAAGUAGUAAAGGACAUGUGUGACAACUGAACGGUAUCCUCAGAUUUGUCAAGUUUUUGGCCAGAAGUGGGUAUUUGUUUUUUAAUUGACAUUUGAAAUUGGGUAAAGAAAAAUUCUGGAUCAGUAAUAUUUUGGAUCAGUAAUAUUUCUGGAUCAGUAAUAUUUCAAAAAUUGGAUCAGUAAUAUUUUUACCAAGAAAAACUUUUAUCUUCGGUGCCACCCCCCGCCAUAAAUAUAACGACCGGUUCCUAAAGAGAAUUUAGAACGACAGGACUUUGCUUGAAACGUAUAUUUGGUAGUUUACUAAGCGAACUUUGGGAAAACCAAACUGUAGACCACCAGGGCCGACCUCGCACACGCCCCCAUAUCAGAAAACGUUUAGCCCACAAUCCUGGCACUAUUUCUUGGCUCAUAGAUGGUUCAAAAAAAUUAAAUGAAUUUUGGUACAAUUAGUAAGUGGGAAGCAAAAAAUUAGAGGAGGAAAAGGGACCUGAUAGCUAGUCUAUUGCUAUUGUAACCGACUAAGCGUACCAGAAUGUCUGCCUAUAAAUGCACUUACUAAUUGAACACAACAUUCGUUUAAUUACGUUGACUGUGAGAUAUUGUUUAACGUUUGCGGCCAUCUCGAGCACAACAGGUAACGUCAUAACUUUAGAAAACGUCGGAAUGAGAUGAUACAUGAAUUACUUGUAACCGCCAUUAUUAUACACUGAAACUUUAUUCUCAUUUGUGAUUGGUCAACAAUCUCUAUAUAGAUAAUCCACUGAGAGAACUGCAAAAUUCCGCCGAAGAGGUUAUCGUCAUCUUUGCAAUGCAAAAUUACGCGAUCUUUGCAAUCCAUGCAAUCAAGAAAAAUUAACUUUGUUGCAUAAGCUUACACUUUAAACGUUGUUCACUGUUUUUCAUUCUAGUAUCCUGAAGGAUAUCUCGAGGCACAGGAAAAGAAACGUUUGGAAAAAGAAAAUAAAAUGCAAGGAAAGGAUGCGAAAGGGUCCAAAGGAAAGCGCAAAAGAAGUAAGUUAGUGCUUAUUAGUGGUACUAAAAUGCACUAACAAUAAUGAUGACACUUGAGAGUAUACAGUCUACUCGAAAUUUCCAUCUGCAAAUCCCUUCAACAAUGGACCAUUUGCAUUAUAGACUAAAUUUUUAUCUAGACAAAAUUUUCAUCAUAGCUUGAAAGAGCAUCACAAAAUUAGUAAUACUCCAAAGUUUCGUUGCGGAAUGUUGUAAAAUGCGGAUAAUAUAGCCUUGCGAAAUUUGCAAUUUUCAGUCAUUUUGUAUUACAAACGGGAAAUUGUUGCCCCAACACCCGACUGGGCUGUCAAUUUCCCGUGCGUAAUACAAAAUGACUGAAAAACAGCAAACUUCGCAUGGCUAUAUUAUCCGCAUUUUGCAACGACACUUUUGGAAUAUUAUUCAUUUUGUGAUGCUCUUUCAAGCUGUGAUGGAAUUUUUGUCUAGAUCAAAAUUUAGUCUAUAAUGCAAAUGGUCCAUUAGCAUAGUUCCAGUUAUAAUAAGGAAUUUACAAAUGCAAGACGGCGACGUCAGGACAACGGCUAAAACAAACUGUUUGAAAUGGAUGAUUGUAUGGAAAUCUUGUCUUGUAUUUACUUUUGUAUGAAUUUAAAAUAGUUUCGAACGAGUAAAAUAGAGCUAUGUUGAUCAACUCUGCUAGAAAAACCUACAUGCCACGGCUUGAAAUGCUAGCGUGCUAUGCAAGACUUGAAAAUAUACAUUUUGCCGUUGUCAACAGAGCCUGGACGACGUCUGAAACCCUUGCUACACUUUUAGUUAUUCAUUUCUUUUGUGCUAUAGGAUUAAUGUCAUUGUAUUGAUGGCCGUCGUCCUGACGUCCGUCGUCCUGACGUCGCCGUCUUACAAUUCGUAAACUUCCUAUUCAUCUCAAUGGCUCGACCUCAAGUUAUUGAAGAGUGAUUGGAUCUUGUGGUUUUCCUGUUGGCUCUACAUUGCAAUCCUACGCAAUGCUAUAAAUACGUUCUUUUACUUGUUUUUAGGUGCUUCCGACUCCCCCCAGGCGUCCCCAGCCAAAAAGAAAAGUUAUACGGUUACGAGUGAUAAAUUGGCCCUCAUUAAAGCCGAUACAUCAAACCAAAAAAUAUGGGAAGAAAUCCUUUCAUCAUAUGAAACAAUUACGGUAGGUUCUGUUUUCUGUAUAUGUUGCCCGCUCAUUAAAUUCUCGAUCUAUCCCAUAAUUCACGUAUUAAAACAGUAG